AAAGGCAUAAAUGAUAGUUUAUUUGGGAUCAAUUAUGAGUAAAUAUGAUCUGGAAACACAGAUUAAGGUUACCCUGAACGACAUGUUCUACUGUAGAAGGGGUUACUAGAACUUUUACAGUUGCACAACAAAAGAAAGUCACAAAUCCAUGCAUUUAUCAAAUUCAGUGGUGGGAACAUUGAGUAGAUGGGUUACAGCAAGCACAGUGGGGAAAUCUUUAGGUUUCAGAUGUCAUAACAUUCUUAGCUUUAGGAUUAGUAUGGUCUGCAGUUUAGCAGUACAUUCCAAAUAAUCACAAAGAUGUUAGGUCAGAUAAAGAGGUUGGUAGUAAACAGUUAUUAAAGGGACUAAAAAUAAUCCAAGGUAGUUUGGUCCCUCUAUCUGUUACACUCCAUCUCUCCACAUCACAAAUUCUGAGUCAGCAGAACCUCCAGCACACAUGUGGCUUCUUGAGAGAACUUUAGUGCACAGGGUUCAUCGUAGAACAAUGUAAGAUCAUGGAGGUUCCCAUUUGUGACAAUUAAGCCAGAACUCUGCCACAUGUAGAAUUUCUGGUGUAGACAGAGAUAAGAUCAUUCUGCCUCCGUGUGGUUAAUUUGGUGUCAAUGAAAAACUGUCUUCAAUAGACUUUAUAAUCUUCAAGCCUUUGUUCAAAGUUUUUUAAACAUUACAUCUUGGUCUUUGUUGGACUUUGGAGAACUAAGGGAAGUCUUUUUUUUUUUUUUUUAACUUUUGUUUUUUGAGACAGGGUUUCCCUGUAGCUCCAGCUGGUCUGGAACUUGCUGUGUAGACCAGGCUAUUCUCAAACUCACAGAGAUCUCCCAAUCUCUGCCUCCUAAAUGCUGGGAUUAAUGGCCUGUGCCACCAUGGCUGGCUAAGGGAGGUCUUCUGUGUUGGAGAGCAAGAAGUAUAAUGACAUUCCAAAUUCCAAAGAAGCUAGUUGAGUCUGCAGUCCUACAAAAUUCCAUUCUCUCCCCUCCUCUCUCCCAUCUCUCUGGUGUCUCACUACUGCAUGAGAUACAAGCAUGCACCAUCAUCACACAUGGCCCUUGUGGGUUAAUUUUGCAAACAUAAUGGAUUCCUAAAGGAUUCCCAGAUUUGCUGGGUUAAGGGCAGUUUAAACCACCCAUUAGAAUGGACUUCUCAGUUUAUAGGAUUAGGCAUUAAAAGGAGUACAAAUUCCCAUGACAAAAGUGGCCAUGGGCCAGGUUGGGGAUUUACCUCAGUGGUAGAGCGCUUGCGUAGCAAGCACAAGGCCCUUGGUUCGGUUCUCAGCUCCGGGAAAAAAAAAAAAAAAAAAAGUGGCCAUAGGCAUCUUGGAUGUAUAUAUUUGGGGGACUGGAUUUUUGUUUUGUUUUUUUGAGACAGGGUCUUAUUUAUGUUGCCCUAGUUGACCUAGAACUUUAUGUGUAGAUCAACCUGGCCUGGAACUCAAGAGAUCUGAUUGUCUCCCGAGUACUGGGAUUAAAAGCAUGCACCACCACCCAAGGCCUUGGGUGUAUUGCUUGGAAUCAAGCAACAACCAAAGUAAACUGAAACCUUAAAAUGUUGCGUUUCUAGCUGGGCAUGGUGGAGCACGCCUGUAAUUCCAGCACUUUGAAGGCUGAAGAAAGGAAGAUAAAUUGAAGGCCAUUCUGAGGCUACAUGAUGAACUCUGGUGUUAAAAAAAAGAAAAAAAGUAACUCCAAACUUUCUCUCGGUGUAGAUUUGUAUUUGUCAUUUGCCUACUCAAUUACCAUUUUAUGGCUGCUUUGUAAGAGCUCUUUGCAAUUAGCCCCUUACUAUUGUUUGGUUUAGUUUUAUUGAGACAGGCUCGCCCGAGUUAGCUCAGGAUCUUCCUGCCGCAGCCUCCCUAGUUCUGGAAUUACAUGCGUGCUCUACCACAACAGGCAGCCUUUUUUUGUCUGUUUUGCUGACUCCCCCUGCACACACAAACAUUGCUUCUAGACUAUUAAAGUGCCCCCUCCCUUCCGCCGGACAGUGCUACUCCAGGUAGAUUGUAUCUGGACACCAGGUGAAGUUGGCUGCAAGGCAGGGCAAACGGGCCUAGAAGCUGGAGAAUACCGCGCGUCACGAAACGAAAAAUACCGAUUACGCAAGUCCCCCGCUGGGCUCCAGGGCACCUCCGGUCUCCCGCCUCCUCCUUCCGCCCGGAGCCCGCCCGCGUCGCUGACGUCCCAAACGCAACGCGCCCAGUGCUUUCGGGCCGCGCAACCCCAGCGGCCGUCCGCCCCGCGCAGCGGCGAAUUCUCCUCAGCGCCGGAAGUCCGGGGCUCGUGACCGGCCGACAGUGCUCUCUCGGUGCCUGGGCUCACUCGGGGUGCUGCGGCACGGGAUGGCGGAAGCGCCUCCGGUCUCAGGUACUUUUAAAUUCAAUACAGAUGCUGCUGAGUUCAUUCCUCAGGAGAGAAAAAAUUCUGGUCUAAAUUGUGGGACUCAAAGAAGGCCAGACUCUAAUAGGAUUGGCAGAAGAAAUUAUAGUUCAUCACCUCCCUGUCACCUUUCCAGGCAGAUCCCUUACGAUGACAUCUCUGCUAUUCAUCAGCACAGUUAUCCUUUGGGAAGCAAACCUAAGAGUCAACAAAAUUUUUUCCAGUCUUCUAAUAAAUCAGUCAAGAACCAUGGCCUUCAGAGUCAGCCUUGGCAAAAAUUGAAGAAUGAAAAGCACCAUAACAAAGUCAAGAAAGCACAAGGGCUCACUGAGCAGACCUCAGAUACAUCUAGUUUAGAAAGUGUGGCCAGAUCAGACAGUGGGACAAACCCUAGAGAGUGUAGCCCAUCCGAAAGUGAGAAGGAAGCUGUCAUUGCAGAUCCUAGGGGAGCAAAACCUAAAAAAGCAGCACAGCUUAUAUACAGCUAUGGUAGAGGACCAAAGGUCAAGGGGAAACUCAAAUGCGAAUGGAAUAACAGAAUGAGUCCAAAAUCUGAGGAUGAAAAUAGCAAAUCUGUGGGGAUUUCCCAUCCUGACACUUCAGAUGCGUCCUGUAGAAAAGGCAUAGUAGAUGGAUAUGUGUCCAGGAAAAAUGAGCAGAGAAGAUACCCUCAGAAAAGGCCUCCCUGGGAAGUAGAGGGGGCCAGACCACGACCAGGCAGGAAUCCGCCAAAGCAGGAGAGUCAGCGACAUACGAAUACAGGACCCAAAAACAUGUCCCCCAUUCCAAAAGAUAAUCUCAGAGAAAGACCAACAAAAUCGGCUUGUGACACUGGGAAUUUAGCAGGUGUCAAAUCUUCCAGAAGGGCUGACCAAGAGAAAAAUACUGUAAGGAGACAGGAUUCUCCAGUGAUACCGCCUUUUCCCCGAGGCAAACAGAACCAUGUGCUGAAGAAUGUGGAAACACAUACAGGUUCUCUAAUUGAACAGCUAACUACAGAAAAAUACGAGUGUAUGGUGUGCUGUGAAUUGGUUCGAGUAACAGCCCCUGUGUGGAGCUGUCAGAGCUGUUUUCACGUGUUUCAUUUGAACUGCAUAAAGAAAUGGGCAAGGUCUCCAGCAUCUCAAGCAGAUGGCCAGAGCGGUUGGAGGUGCCCUGCUUGUCAGAAUGUUUCCGCACAUGUUCCUAAUACCUAUACUUGUUUCUGUGGUAAGGUAAAGAAUCCUGAGUGGAGCAGAAAUGAAAUUCCACAUAGCUGUGGUGAGGUUUGUAGAAAGAAACAGCCUGGCCAGGACUGCCCACAUUCCUGUAACCUUCUCUGCCAUCCUGGACCCUGCCCACCUUGCCCUGCUUUUACAACUAAAACAUGUGAAUGUGGACGGACUAGGCACACAGUUCGCUGUGGUCAGUCUGUCUCAGUUCACUGUUCUAACCCAUGUGAGAAUAUUUUGAACUGUGGUCAGCACCACUGUGCUGAGCUGUGCCACGGGGGUCAAUGCCAGCCUUGCCGGAUCAUACUAAACCAGGUUUGCUACUGUGGCAGCACCUCCCGAGAUGUGUUAUGUGGAACAGACGUAGGAAAGUCUGAUGGAUUUGGAGACUUCAGCUGCUUAAAGAUAUGUGGCAAGGACUUGAAAUGUGGGAGCCAUACCUGUUCUCAAGUGUGUCAUCCUCAGCCCUGUCAGCCUUGCCCACGGCUCCCCUAUCUGGUUCGCUGUUGCCCUUGUGGCCAAACACCUCUCAGCCAAUUGUUGGAACUUGGGAGUAAUGGUCGGAAAACAUGCAUGGAUCCUGUCCCUUCCUGUGGAAAAGUGUGUGGCAAGCCUUUGCCUUGUGGAUCCUCAGAUUUCAUCCAUACCUGUGAAAAGCUCUGCCAUGAAGGAGACUGUGGACCAUGCUCUCGAACAUCAGUUAUUUCCUGCAGAUGCUCUUUCAGAACAAAGGAGCUUCCAUGUACCAGUCUCAAAAGUGAAGAUGCUACAUUUAUGUGCGACAAGCGGUGUAACAAGAAACGAUUGUGUGGACGGCAUAAAUGUAACGAGAUAUGCUGUGUGGAUAAGGAGCACAAGUGUCCUUUGAUUUGUGGGAGGAAACUCCGUUGUGGCCUUCAUAGAUGUGAAGAACCUUGUCAUCGAGGGAAUUGUCAGACCUGCUGGCAAGCCAGUUUUGAUGAAUUAACCUGCCACUGUGGUGCAUCUGUGAUCUACCCACCAGUUCCCUGUGGUACUAGGCCUCCUGAGUGUUCCCAGACCUGUGCCAGAAUCCAUGAAUGUGACCAUCCAGUGUAUCAUUCCUGUCAUAGUGAGGAGAAGUGCCCCCCUUGUACUUUCCUAACUCAGAAGUGGUGCAUGGGCAAGCAUGAGUUACGAAGCAACAUCCCCUGUCACCUGGUUGAUAUCUCUUGCGGAUUACCCUGCAGUGCCAUGCUACCCUGUGGGAUGCACAAGUGUCAGAGGCUCUGUCACAAAGGAGAAUGUCAUAUGGAUGAGGCCUGUAAGCAGCCCUGCACCACACCCAGAGCUGACUGUGGCCACCCAUGCAUGGCCCCCUGCCACCCAAGCUCACCCUGCCCUGUAACAGCUUGUAAAGCCAAGGUAGAGCUACAGUGUGAAUGCGGACGAAGAAAAGAGAUAGUGAUUUGCUCUGAAGCAUCCAGUACUUAUCAAAGAAUAGCUGCUAUUUCUAUGGCCUCUAAAAUAACAGACAUGCAGCUUGGAGAUUCAGUGGAGAUCAGCAAGUUAAUUACCAAGAAGGAAGUUCAACAAGCCAGGUUGGAGUGUGAUGAGGAGUGUUCUGCCCUGGAAAGGAAAAAGAGAUUAGCAGAGGCCUUUGAUAUCAGUGAAGAUUCUGAUCCUUUCAAUGUACGUUCUUCAGGAUCAAAAUUCAGUGAUAGUUUGAAAGACGAUGCCAGGAAGGACUUAAAGUUUGUCAGUGACGUUGAGAAGGAGAUGGAAUCGCUUGUGGAGGCUGUGAAUAAGGGAAAGAACAGUAAGAAAAGCUACUGCUUUCCUCCUAUGAACAGAGACCACCGCCGGAUCAUCCAUGACUUGGCUCAGGUUUAUGGCCUGGAGAGCGUGAGCUAUGACAGUGAACCAAAACGUAAUGUCAUGGUCAUUGCCAUCAGGGGGAAGUCCAUUUGUCCUCCUGUCACACUGACCAAUGUGCUUGAAAGGGAAAUGCAGACACGGCCUCCACCACCAAUUCCUCAUCACAGGCAUCAGGCAGACAAGAAUCCUAGGAGCAGUAAUUUCCAGAAGAUAGCUAAGGAGCCGAUAAUUGACUACUUUGACGUCCAGGACUGAGAAGAUCAAGAUGCAUUUAGAUAAAAGAAUGAUUCCGUGUAGUGGAGACUCAUUUGCCAGCAGAUGACUCAUGCUCGUUCCUCACUGUGUGGCAGAAUCACAGCCUCACAUGCUGUCUUGUACUGAUACAUCCAAAGCAUGAGUGUGCCAGAACCCUCUUGUCUAUUCCUCUCUUAAGUAUUUCACUGUGGCCAGAUCUGAUUGUAUGGCCACUAGGUUUUUAGUCUUGUAUCUGAAGAACAUCCUCACACCAUCACUGUGAUUGCAUAGGUGAAUGGGGGAAUAUUGGAUUUUAUUUGGAUAAACCAGAAUCUUUACCCCAAA